GAUGUAUGUGAUUUUAUCUUAGUUCUCUUUCAGUUUUCCAAGUUUCAAGCAUGGUGAGUUGUUUUCUAUAACUGUAUUUUGUUUGAAAUUUUUUAUAUCUAGCGCGAUUUUAGGUCGUGUAUUGUUAAAUACGGUUCAAUUUAUUGUAAAUGUAACUUUAUUUUUCAGUCUCGUCGCUAUGAUACUCGAACAACUAUAUUUUCCCCUGAAGGUCAGUGACAACUGUACUAUAUGACUUUGCAAAAAUAUUCUAAGUGUGUGUGGUAAAAUCUAUCAUUUAGAUACAAAUAAUUAACGAUUAUUGCACAUAGCUGGUUUUUUUCCUUUAACAAAUUAAAUUACUUUGUGCCCUAAAUAUGCACCCUACUUUAUCAUUUUACUCUGUCUAACGACCAAUGAUUUUACGAUCAUCAUCGGGAGAGCUCUAGUUCAUUGGGUUAAUCAGACUUUCUGCCUGUGUAGCUAGCUAACACACUGAGUUGUAUUGCAGUCUAUUUCCCAUGCCGGAUAUCUUCAAACAGUUCUACACAAAAUGCUCCAUGGCAUGGACCACUGCAAAGUAUGCUGCAAUUAUAUUUCGCUAUACAUGCUUCUCACAUAGUAUAUAUUUCACUGACAGGGAGACUGUACCAGGUUGAAUAUGCAAUGGAAGCCAUAGGCUUGGCCGGUAUUUGUCUUGGGAUAUUAGCCGAUGAUGGCGUAGUCUUGGCUGCCGAGAGAAGGAAUACAAAUAAACUGUUAGAUGAAAUGGUGUUCUCAGAAAAGAUUUAUAAACUUCAUGAGUAAGUCGUAUGAACCAGUGCAGGACCCUACUUUAUUAUUUUGCUCUGUCUAAUGCGAGAUGACUUUGCUCAUCAAGGGGGAGUGGUUGCAGUCUUUUCAAAAGAUUUGUGUACUUUUUGUUUUAAAGUGAUAUGGCAUGCAGUGUGGCUGGCAUCACCUCAGAUGCAAAUGUUCUCACUAACGAAUUAAGAUUAAUUGCACAGAGGUAAGUUCAAUUUGGCAAUUGAUAGCUGGCUAACAAGCUGCUAGGUUGGACGAGGGGAGAGGCAAUGCCGCCCUAUGUAACAAAGCUACUGUAUAUAGUCGCUGGUAUAACAAUAUUUUAAAACCACGAAAGCAUUGAUGAAGCACAUUUACAUAAAAUUUAGGGUAAAAUUUGUGACCUAAAGUUGCCCCCGAUAUUCCAUGUAGCAUUUACCACUGUUAUGCCAAUUGGCUGAACAAAUGACAGCAUGACUGACCAGUUCAGUACCAACUGAAUAAACUGGCCAGUCUACCUGAUAUAAUGACCAUCAGCAUAUUUCAAGACGAUACAAUGGUGAAUUGUCAAUCUUUCUCCUACUAUAAAUUUGUAGAUAUUUAUUACAAUAUCAAGAACCAAUUCCUUGUGAGCAACUUGUCAGCUCCUUGUGUGAUAUAAAGCAAGCAUAUACCCAGUUUGGAGGUAACAUUUAACUUUUAUAUAUAUUUUAUCCUUUAUUAUUUUACUCUAUCUAACACCAGACAAUUUUAAUGCCAAUUACAAGCUUUUUAUCAUAUGAUACAUGAUUUUUUUCUCAGGAAAACGUCCAUUUGGUGUAUCUCUUCUUUAUAUGGGUUGGGACAAGCAUUAUGGCUUCCAGUUGUAUCAGAGUGACCCCAGUGGAAAUUUCAGUGGCUGGAAGGCAACGUGUAUCGGAAAUAAUAGCGUUGUAUGUUGAAAAUGAUUUCAUUGAAUAAAUUGUUUUCCUAGAGAACCAGAUAAGCACUAUUUCGUAUUAGUACGAUGUUACUACUGGAGGAAACCUAAAUUUAUUGAUACUGGGCAGCUCUAUCAGUUCUAAACUUUUUCCCUAGAGGUCCAGUAAGAGGUAUCCCUUAUUAAUCCAGUGUUACUAUAGGAGGAAACAAAUAUUUUGAACCAGAGAGUGUCCACUGAAUAUGAGAAAUUCUGGUUCCGUUUCUCAAACAUCUUUUGAUUGAUUUUUACUUCACAUUUCUCUAGGCCGCAGUGUCGAUGUUAAAACAAGAAUAUGACGAAGAUAAGAUGCCACUAUCCGAGGCGCUGAAGCUCGCUAUUAGAGUCCUAAAUAAGACUUUGGACGUUACAAAAUUGACGAAAGAGAAAGGUAUAGUGAAUUAAGUGAACUUGCAUAUGACGUAUGAGAGUUGCAAUUCUCGUCAACUUUGACUGCGACUUUGAGCUGGUUCAAAAUUUGAUGAAAGUCGAUGCGAAUCUUCGCUCCGCGCGCUGUAAUAUCCAGCCAACCCUUGUCAAAUCUCGUGCAACUUUGUGCAACUCUUGUUCUCGUUUGACACUGCAUGGGAUUGCCAAAUAUCAUAUGUGAACUUACUUCUAAUUUUAUUGUUUAUGUUUUGAUUCAGUGGAGAUUGCCACUCUAACAAGAGAAGAGGACAAAACGGUAAUUCGUAUUUUGCGUGACAGUGAAGUUGAGGAUAUAAUUAAUAUCUGUGAGGAAGAAGCGAAGAAUAAGGAAAGUGCCGCCGGAACGAGCAGUAAAAAAUAAUCAAAGUUUCAUGAAUAAACUUUUUAAAACAUCUUUUCUUCUUGUACUAUAAGUAGCAUCUUUGAUUACGUUUAAUAGUAGUAAAAUAAAGUUGUGCAAUUGUAAUUGUAUGUUUUUGUUUUGUAUAAACACUAUCAAAGUUUCUUAAGUUUCCACAGGUAAAUUUUAAGUUUUGUAAGGAUUUGUAAGAAAUGUUUGAG